UUCCUCGAGUUCUCCCGCCCGAGGCCCACGCACACCGUCAAGAUCUUCGUGGGCAACGUCUCGGCCACCUGCACCAGCGGCGAGCUGCGCGUCCUCUUCCAGGAGUUCGGGCCCGUCAUCGAGUGCGACAUCGUGAAAGGAAAGUCCUAGCAGGAGGUGGGCGGUGACGGAAGGAGGCGUGGCUAGCGCCGGAAGUUGCGGCAGAGGACAACCAUCAUGGCGCUGAGCGCGGCAGGCCACGACGACCACGCCGAGUGGGAGCCGCCCUCCGAGGCCGAGCUGAAGGUGAUCCAGGCCCGGCGCGAGCGGCAGGACAAGAUCAGCAAGCUGAUGAGCGAGUACCUGCUGAAGGGCUACCGCAUGCUGGGCGAGUGCUGCGAGGAGUGCGGGACCAUUUUGCUGCAAGAUAAGCAGAAGAAGUUUUACUGUGUCACCUGCCAAGAGCUUAAUUCUGAUGUGGACAAGGAUAAUCCAGCGCUCAAUGCACAAGCAGCCCUUUCACAGGUGCGGGAGCGUCAGCUGGCUACUAACCCCGAUGAAAUGGCUUCACGCCCAGAGCAUUGUGAAGGAGCAUCUUUGGGUCUCCGGUCAAGCGCCCCUGACCCAGCCCUUCCAGCGCCCACUGCUGCCCCUAAUUCUCCGUUGACGCGCAACAUCCUGGUUGCGACGGAAGAGGCCAUUCUACAGAAGAUUGGCUGGGCAAGCCAUCAACUCCAAGAAACCACCUCCGUUGAAAGGAGCAUCCAUCUCUGUUCACUGAUCUGUUCCUGCACGGAUGCUCUCAAGGGCAUCAGGGAGCUGCCCCAGUGAGGAUGGCCCAGCUUGAAAUGGCAGUGCCAGGCCUAGAACGGAGUGUAGGCCACACCUGGGGUGCCAGAGGAUCCCCCCACCAUUCAUCAUAGGGGCUGGGUAAUUUAAAUAAGACCUGGCUCUCCCUUCUGAUUAAAUGUGAGCUUUUUUGCCUCGUACAAGUUGUCCUGACGUUUGAGGAAUGUUUCAGAGGAUUUGCGUGUAUAGCUCUAUCUAAUCCGGGGCAAGGAAAGGAUGGAUAAAGAGUUAAACUGGUUUGGGGAAGGGAGAUGUUGGGGCUAGCAACAUUUCAGGCUCCAAAUUUGGGGCUCCUGCAGACACGUCAGCCUAGAUCCAUUCACCAUCCCGCUUGCUAUCCAAAGAUUUCAGGUUAUCAGGAGCUCCAUGCAGCGUUGUGGUUUUUUUGUUGUGAAGUAUUAAACAUUUCAAAUUUCAAGGCACAAGAUAUGAUUGUGUUGUGUCGAAUCUUCGGUGGUUGUGAAGGAAUCCAUCUCGGCACGCGAUUUUGCCCGUCUGGCGUGUCAGAGGCCACCCAUCUUGGCACUUUUAAUAACCGAUAACGUGAAAAAGAAGAUAUAAGCUUAACGUGAAAAAGAAGAUAUAAGCUUAACGUGAAAAAGAAGAUAUAAGCUUGAGAAAAUGGCAGCUUUUUCCUCUUAGGCGUCUUAGACGUUCUAGUAAAUAAAAUGAAAGCAACUCGGAGGAUGCCUUGUUCACCUGAGUGGGGAAUACUUUUGCCCACCUUGGAUGACAAGGGACACUUAAGAGGAAGAAUGGGAAUUGUGACACCUGAAAUUGGUCAGAGGUGAUUGAAUUACAGCGAAGUCCUUGACUUAAGAACUGAAAUUAAGCCUGCAAUUUUGGUCAUAAAUCUGGACAGUCAUAAAGCAGAUUAGUUAUGUGACUGCAUCCAAUUUUGGGACCUUGUUUCAUUUUGCUAUGGGGAUUUUUUACCCAAGAAACCGAAAGUGAAUUUUCCAGAAGGAAAAUGAUAUACAUUAUGGUCAUGGGAUGCUGCAAACGGUCGUAAAUACGAGCCAGCUACCCAGUUCCCAAAAUGCAGUCACAUGACCCUUGAAGGCCAUUCAAAUCCGCAUUGUAAGUCCCUUUUUGGGGGGGGGGGAGCCAUUGUAACUUCAAGCUAAGUGACUGGUGAUAAGUCAUGUUCUACCUGUGGGAGUAUUCCUGUGUGCAGGAAUCUGUAGAUUAUCUUGUGCCUGGGCUUACAUAACUGUAAUAAGCUCCAGAAGACCAACCUCCUUCAAAAAUAAAUUACCAACUGUAUGAA